CCAGCGAGGGCGGAGAGCAGCCGAACUGGUUGGGAGAAGAAUGACCCAGAAGGCGGUGAAUCUCCAGUUGGGCAAGUCUGCCCUCAGCCCUUGAAUCGAUGAGCUGCGUGACCUUGGCUGAGCACCUGCCUCCUGUGGGAUCCCGUGUUCCUGUCUGUAAGAUGAAGGUUUGGACCGGGCAGUCUCUGAAGUUCCUGCCAGGACAUAUGCUUGGCGACCGGCGUGAAGUCUGUGGCCAGCUGUGGGAGGAAGCAAGUAAAUGGAAGAGCUGGAGGGCAGUUUAUCCCAGACUCGGAAAGCGCGCAGAAUAGAACAAAUGGUGGCAAGAUGGCUUCGGCGCUCACGGGACAGCUCAGCCCGGGCUAAAGUCGCCGCAGCUGAUGGGCCACCCGUGAACCCAGGCCAGGCACUCACGCCAGCAAGGCACACAGUAAUACUAGACAAAGACGCCCUCCUCCAGAACUACGGAUUUCACAUUUCUGAGACCCUCCCCCUCACAGUGGUGGCUGUCACAGCAGGCGGCUCCGCUCAUGGCAAGCUUUUCCCUGGUGAUCAAAUUCUCCAGAUAAACAACGAGCUGGCUGAGGACCUUUCCUGUGAACGAGCGGUCGAUAUUCUCAGGGAAACUGAAGAUGCCCUUUCAAUUACAGUUGGUCGCUGCACAUCUGGAGUCCCCAAGUCAUCCUUCUUGACUGAGGAGAAGAGGGCCCGGCUGAAGACCAACCCCGUGAAGGUGCACUUUGCUGAGGAGGUGCUGGUCAGCGGGCACAGCCAGGGGAGCUCUCUGCUGUGUAUGCCCAACGUGCUCAAGGUGUACUUGGAGAAUGGACAGACCAAAGCUUUCAAGUUCGAGGCAAACACCACUGUGAAGGACAUAAUCCUCACAGUGAAGGAGAAGCUGUCCAUCCGCUGUAUCGAGUACUUUGCACUGGCCCUGGAGGAGCAGUACAGCGUUUCCCGCCUACACCUGCUGUAUGAAGAAGAACUCAUCCAGCAGGUGGUGGAGAGGGAAGACUCGCAGGACUCCCGCUGCCUCUUCAGGGUCUGCUUUGUUCCCAAGGACCCCCUGGACCUGCUGAAAGAGGACCCGGUGGCCUUUGAAUAUCUCUACCUACAGAGCUGCAGCGAUGUCCUGCAGGAGCGCUUUGCCAUGGAGAUGAAGUGCAACUCUGCUCUCCGGCUUGCAGCCCUGCACAUCCAGGAGCGGAUCUAUGCCUGCGCCCAGCCACAGAAGAUCUCUUUGAAGUACAUAGAGAAAGACUGGGGGAUUGAGAAUUUUAUAUCUCCAACUUUACUCCGAAAUAUGAAAGGCAAAGACAUCAAGAAAGCCAUUAGUUUCCACAUGAAGAGAAACCAGAAUUUGCUGGAACCCCGACAGAAGCAACUUAUUUCUGCUGCUCAGCUACGCUUAAAUUAUCUUCAGAUCCUUGGGGAACUCAAGACAUAUGGCGGGAAAGUCUUUAAUGCGACUUUGAUGCUACAGGAUAGAGAAUCCUACAUCGCCCUUCUAGUUGGAGCCAAGUAUGGGAUUAGCCAGAUCAUCAACAGCAAACUCAACAUCAUGUCCACGCUGGCAGAGUUUGCCAGCAUCAGCCGCGUGGAGCUGACGGUAGAGUCUGAGAAAGUGAGCAUGGUCAAGGUGUAUCUGCAGGAUGUUAAGGUUCUGACUUUGUUGCUGGAAUCCAACAGUGCAAAAGACCUGGCCUGCUUGAUUGCAGGGUACUACCGGCUGUUUGUGGACCCCGCCAACUCUGUUUUCCUCUGGUCUGGAAACAGACAGCAGAUUCACCGGGUGUCUGCUGAAGAAGGCUAUGAGUCUAGGGCCUGCAGUGACUCGGAGGAGUCCUCUGAGGUGGAUUGUGUCCUGGAGCCCCUGCCUGACCGACGGCUGGUGAAGCUGAACCUGUGCAGACCAUUUGUUAGAGAGCAGCAGCUCCCAGGAGACAGCCCCACACCUGAGGUGACCAGGAGAGGCCCAAGCACCUGUGGGGCCAGCAGCGUGAUAGACAGUGCUGAAUCCGAGGCAUCUGACUCAGCCAAUACUGAGAGCCGAGGCUGCAGGACCAGCGGCUCCAGUGAGUCCAUGGAUGCCCUGGAGGAGGAUGACUUUGAAGCCUGCUCCUCCAGCGGGACCAGCUUCUUCCACUUUGGCCCACCAGACUUCUCAAAGGGCCUUGAGACCAACAGCCAAGAGGAAAAAAGCAGGGUUGAGACCAGCGGUUUCCUAUGUUUGCUGGACCUGGCCCAGAGUGCCAACCCUCGGUGCCCAAAGAUAGAGUGUCCCCAGGGCCUAGCUUCAGAGGCCUGCAGCUGGGGACCAGAACUGAGCAUGGGCAGGCUAGACCCCAGGUUGUAUGAGGGCAGCAGGACCGACUACUAUAGCCUGUGUUCCAGUGUCUCCCCGGGCAGCCACCUGAGCGACAGCUCAGAAAGCACAGCUUCCCGGCAGGGAGCUGCACCUCCACCAUGGUGCCAGCAGGGCUGGAUGGAGGCUCAGCCUGGCUCUAUGCUGGAAGCCCUGGCCCUGCACCCACUGCCACCACUGGCCUUUGAGGAUGGCAGCUCAGAUGAGGAAUACUAUGAUGCAGCCGACAAACUCACACCCCCGGACACACUCUCAGGGCCCAGAGCUGCCGAUCUUAGCGCCGUGAGAUUGCAAAGUCAGCCUAGAGCCCGUGGCUCCGAGGAAAGCCUGCAUCCAGGCCCAGAGGGAGGAGAGCCAAGCAGGCGGGGAGGGGUGAAGAAGUAUGCCAAGACCCUGAGGAAAAGAAGGUCCUUCCUACAGACGGACCAUACCUCCCAGGUCUCCUUCCCGCUGGAGCCAUCAGCCUCCCAAGACAAGAUGGAUGAUGUGUGCUACUAUGACAGAGAGCCAUACUUGACCCUCACUGCCCCCUCCCCAACUGUGUCCUCCCUGCAGGACAUGCAAAGUGAGCCAGGCCUCCUGGAGACCAAGGCAUUGGGGUUGCUGGCUUCCCUGAGGGAGACAAAGAGCAAAAAUCCAGUCUCCAGGAUCAUGGAGAUGGAACCGGAGACCAUGGAGAACAAGUCAGUCAUUGACUCUCGAGUGUCUUCCAUCUCUGCCAUUCGCCUCAGAAUUGACCCCAGCAAUUCAGGGAAUCUUGAGGCUGCUCCCUUGGCUGCCACCACUGAUGAUGCCUCAGCGAGCAUCCCUCACAACCCCCAUUGCUCCAACCCCGGUUCUCCCAGCCCACAGGCUGCCCAGGUCAGGCCUUUCCAAAUCUUAGCUCCAGUUCAAGACUCAGGCAGUACCGCCCCCAAAGAACUCACCCCAGGGGCUGGGGACAGCACUGUCCCUCUCUCUAUUGCUGGCUCUAAUCCAGACAGCCCAAGGCUACACCACAUCCCUCAGAAAGACACAUCAGAGCCGGAAGGGGUGCAAUCGGAAACGGAGUCGGGAUCUUUCCUAAUAGAUCAUAUACAAGAAGUUACCCCCAAAUUCACAGGGCCCUUGUGUCCGGGAGAUGAGCCUACAAGUAUUGAACAUGGAGGAAAUUUGGAAGAGACGGCCUUUGCCGCAGUAGAGGUACAACAAGAACCACGGUCUUUGGAAAGUGACAGUGAAGGGACACACAAAAAUGGCCCAAAUUUAUUUCAGAAGGGACUUGGGAAGGACUCGAAUGAUUCCAAAGAUAAGAGGUCACAUAGUGUUCUUGAUGUUAGUGCUCCAGCUGGCGAGAUAACCAGCCCCCUCUCCUCAGAGGCUUCUGGAACAGGGAUAGGACAAGCCUCAUCUGACUCCCAAGGGGAACAGAAAGAAGCCAUAGGCCAGGCCAGCCAGGAACAGGAACUAUUGACGGAACUGGACUUGGGCCCUGAUUUCUUACUUGGGAAGCAGACCAUUCCAUCAGCCUCCCCUCCAGAAAGGGUCAAGGCAGAGCAGCUUAUUCAUGUGGGAGGAGAAGAGGCAGCCCCCGUGGUCAGUCCUCAGCAGGUCUGUGUCCUUACUGGACCAUCCCUGCCAAAGCUUUCACCAUGCCAAGAGGAGCCACGCUCAGCAGAUUCAGGCCACGGCUCCCCAACAGAAAGCAAAGGCAACAGUCCUAUCAUCUGCCUUCCACCCGAGAGGUCUUUCCUGUGCUUUGCCCUGGAGAGCCAUCCUGAAGGCUCUACCAAUCUCAACAGGACCACCUCCUUGGGUUUUGCUGACAUGAACGAAGUGGUGCCUGCCGAGAUUGGCAUAGAGCAUUGCAGAUGUCAGUUCUCCUAUGCCACUUGCUUCCGUGGCCCUCAGCCUGAGAUGGAGGAAGAAGAUGGGGACCCACAAGCACAGCCUACUGCCCCCCUUACCUCACCACCGGCUGCAGGAUGCCAGGUGACUCUGCCGGGGAGACCAGCCAGAGCCUACAGCUGUACCACACCCCUGUCCAGGAAAAGCCACAUCUGGCCAGAGUACUGCUCCCGAGCUCUGAGACAGCUAAAAACUGCCCCUGCAAGUGCCCCCGAGGGCUUUGUCCAACUUACAGAGAGCCUGCUGGAGCUACAGGACAUUUUAGAAGCUUCCUGGGGGGUUGGAAACAAACACCCCCCUGAGAAGUGCACCUGGCAUUUUUCAGAAAGCCGGAGCCGCCUCUGCAUGGGCUCUCAGAAGCUCCUAGCCAGCUGUCAACACGUGAUCAGAAUGGACCAGUCCCCUGAGGAGAUGCAGGGUGCUGUGCGUGUUACCUUCCAGCAUCUGGUCCAGCUGGCCGGCCUCUGCUUCCAGUUCACAGACUGCAGCCGCUGCUCCACCCGGCACAGGGAAGUGGCUGGGAAUCUGAGGGACGUGGUAUAUACCUACCACCAAUUUGUGGAGGCUGCAAAACUGACCUGUGAGAGAGGCUACCAUGACCUCAGUGUGAAACUCUUGGCUCGUCAGUGCACAGCCCUCACAGCUGCUGUAUUCUGUUUGACCCAGAAGUUCCGGGCAUCCACUGCCCUGUGAACAGGUUGCCUACCCAGGGCCCCUUUACCCUGCCUGGAAGGUUCUCCAAGAAGCCUCUUGUAGUUCUCCACCCACCUCCUUCAAAUGUUUACUACAUAGAAUAUUCAAAUAAACUGCUGCUUACUCUUGGUCUGUCUUGUUCUGAGUGAU